AUGAGUUCUACGACUCAAGGUAGUAACGAGUUUGUGCGUUGUGGGCGUAAAAAUAAGACCGAUAAAACUCGUCGUAGCUGGUCAACGCGGGAGGAAGAGGUACUUUUGGGAGCACUGAAAGACUUGGUAGUUAAUGGUUGGAAAUCCGACAACGGAUUUCGUGCGGGAUAUCUGAACAAGCUUGAGGAAGCUAUGAGGAAGGCAUUUCCAACUACGGACUUGAAGGGAAUGCCGCAUAUCAAUUCCAAGACUACUGUCUGGAAGAAGGAUUACUACUCACUCCAGGAGAUGCUUAAAAAUACUGGUGUCGGCUUCAACGCUACUCACAUGAUAGAUUGCAACAAUGAGCAGUGGGAAGCGAUCGUCCAGAAAGAUAAUAACGCGUGUUUGAUGCGCAACAAAAGCUGGCCUUAUUAUGAUGACUGGAAGGAAAUUUUCGGUAAGGACCGAGCUAAUGGUGAAACAGCUGAAGACAUGAUGAACGCCGCCCACGACAUGUAUUGCAACAUUGACUUAAGUCAGACCCACGGCAAUGGUGAAUACCAUGUUAGAAUGGACCAUAUAUUUGAGAAUAUGGAUGAUGAAGAAUCCGCUAGUCAGACUAAGCAGCCCGAAGUCGUCUCAUGUGUGAUAAACAAGAAGCGAAAGAGGGAUGACGGAUUCAGUGCCGUCUGCGAAGCACUGGUUCAAAUAGGUCGUGGCACGGAGAAGUGGCUGGAAACAAUAGCUUCACAAAGUGGCCAUGACCACGAUGUCUCGAUUGCAAGGAAGGAGGUGUUUACCCAGCUGAGUGCUAUCCCGGGGUUGUCCAAGAAGGAAAAGUUUGAAGUUUGUGAUUUGCUCGCUAAGGAGGUUGAGCGCCUGGACAUAUUCACAUCACUUCUUGAUGAUGAGAAACCUGACUACGUUACUCAUUUGCUCCAAGAGAAGUAUAAUAAGUAA